UAUAGAAGAGGGACUUCUGUUGGAACGUCCUGGAUGAAAGGCGCAGCGGAACGGAAGUUGCGCGUUUGCGCGCGCAGCGGCGGACUUCUGAGAGGGGAUCCGGGCUGGCGGCUGGGAACUUCCGUUGCCGGGCACGACCCUCGGCCUGCAGACCUUGGGCUGUUUAUUUAGCGCCAUGCAUCCUUUACGGUGUGUGCUCCGGGCACAGGGGUGUCUGAGGUUGGGGCCCUUGGCCUCUGGGUCCCAGCUGCAGCUCAGGACCUGCAGGGCACAUAGCAGUCACCCCAGCACCGCAAGUCUCAGUUCAGAAAGGCAGCAGGAAAAUGAAGUUCGGAAAGAUUUCACCUCCAAGCUGGACACAGGGCCGACUUUUCAGGAUUUUUUAAGGAGUGCUUCAGCUCCUCAAGAGAAACCAUCUUCUCCGGAUGUGGAGGAUCCACCCCCCUAUCUCACAGCGGAUGAUCUUUUAGGAAGGCAGAGAAAAGUCUACCUUGAGACGUAUGGCUGCCAGAUGAAUGUGAAUGACAUGGAGAUAGCCUGGUCCAUCUUACAGAAGAGUGGCUACCUGCGGACCAGUAACCUCCAAGAGGCUGAUGUGAUCCUCCUUGUGACGUGUUCUAUCAGGGAGAAAGCUGAACAGACCAUCUGGAAUCGUUUACAUCACCUUAAAGCUCUGAAGGCAAAACGGCUCCAUUCCCGAGUGCCUCUGAAGAUUGGGAUUCUAGGCUGCAUGGCUGAGAGAUUGAAGGAGGAGAUCCUCAACAGGGAGAAAAUGGUGGACAUUUUGGCUGGUCCAGAUGCCUAUCGAGACCUGCCACGGCUGCUGGCUGUUGCUGAGUCAGGCCAGCAAGCUGCGAAUGUGCUGCUGUCUCUGGAUGAGACCUAUGCAGAUGUCAUGCCAAUCCAGACAAGUCCCAGUGCUACCUGUGCCUUUGUGUCUAUCAUGCGAGGCUGUGACAACAUGUGCAGCUACUGCAUAGUUCCUUUCACACGUGGCCGGGAGAGGAGUCGGCCUGUUGCCUCCAUUCUAGAGGAAGUGAGGAAGCUUUCUGAGCAGGGGCUGAAAGAAGUGACACUCCUUGGUCAGAAUGUUAAUAGUUUUCGGGACAAUUCGGAGAUCCAGUUCAGCAAUAUAACGUCUACCCACCUCAGUCGUGGUUUCUCCACCAACUAUAAAACCAAGCAAGGGGGCCUUCGUUUUGCUCACCUUCUAGAUGAGGUCUCCAGAGUAGAUCCUGAAAUGAGGAUCCGUUUUACCUCUCCCCACCCCAAGGACUUUCCCGAUGAGGUUCUGCAGCUGAUUCGUGAGAGAGACAACAUCUGUAAACAGAUACAUCUACCAGCCCAGAGUGGAAGCAGCCGUGUACUGGAGGCUAUGCGGAGGGGAUAUUCAAGAGAAGCUUAUGUGGAAUUAAUUCAUCAUAUCAGAGAGUCUAUUCCUGGUGUGAGCCUCAGCAGUGAUUUCAUUGCUGGCUUUUGUGGUGAGACAGAAGAAGAUCAUCUCCAGACGGUGUCUUUGCUUCGGGAAGUUCAGUAUAACACAGGCUUCCUCUUUGCCUACAGCAUGAGACAGAAGACACGAGCAUAUCACAGGCUGAAAGAUGAUGUCCAGGAAGAGGUAAAAUUAAGGCGUUUGGAGGAACUUAUCACUGUCUUCCGAGAGGAAGCAACGAAAGCCAACAAGACCUCUGUGGGUUGUACCCAGCUGGUGCUAGUGGAGGGGCUCAGUAAACGCUCUGCUGCUGACCUCUGUGGCCGGAAUGAUGGAAACCUUAAGGUGAUUUUCCCUGAUGUAGAGAUGGAGGAUGUCACUAACUCUGAGCUCAGGGUGAGAGCUCAGCCUGGGGACUAUGUGCUGGUGAAGAUUACUUCCGCCAGCUCUCAGACACUUAAAGGACAUGUGCUCUGCAGGACCACACUGAAGGACUCCACAGCGUACUGCCAACCUGACUCUGCAGGACCACACUGAAGGACUCCACAGCGUAUUGCCGACCUGAGUGGAUAGCUUCAGAGUAGAUGUGGACAGGCAUUCCCAAAAGGACCAGAUAUGACUGGUCACUAAUGAAAGAGGUAAUGAAGUUUUGGAGACAAGCUGCAAGUGGUGGAGCAACUUUAGGUAAAUGGAAAAUGCAUCUCUUUGCUGCACGUGAACAGCUUUUACAGUCAUUAAAUUUACCUGAACUAAGGUG